UAAUGACGUUCUGUACCAGCUUCAAGCAUCCAAGUGAACCACAAGAGCAAGUCCACAAACAAAAAGGAUAAAGGUGUUUGCUCUUUUAUCAUUUUUUUUUUUUUUAAUUAGUGGCUGGCUUCAUGCCCACUGGAAGACUGGGUUUACAAGAAAUACAUCCCACAACGUUUUAAAAACGAAGUUUCUGAAGUCGGAACUGUUCAAGUUUCCAGCGUUUUUGAAGGCUGAAAAAUCUGCAUGGGCUAGGCAGAGAGCUGAAAUAAUGUUUCUCAGUUGACAGUGUGCAGUGCAACAGUAGAGAAAGAUGUCACACACCAGUGCUUUAUGUUGCAGUCAUUCUAGGUGGAAGUUUCAAAAUGUUCUCUAUCCACUUGUUCUGCUAAUGUAUGUACAGCAUACAGCUGUACUGGGUUGUCGGGUUGACUGCAGGAAAGUUCUCACCUCUUCAAGCGGAGUCUUUACCUCGCCUUGCUACCCAAGCGAGUAUCCCAACAGCCAGGCUUGCAAGUGGACCCUUCAGGCCCCAGCAGGAUAUAUCAUACAGAUAACAUUUCUUGACUUUGAAAUAGAAGAAGCACCUCAGUGUAUCUAUGAUCAUGUCAUUGUAAGCAGUGGAAAAGAUGAUGUCAGGUUUUGUGGUUUAACAGCCAAUGGUUUAACACUGAACUCCACUGGAAACGUAAUGAACGUGUCCUUUACAACAGACUUUAGCGUCCAAAAGAAGGGCUUCAAAAUCAGCUACAAGCAAGUUGCAGUGUCCCUGAGGAAUCAGAAGUUAACGCUUAACAAAAACGAAUAUGUGUCUACUGCAACAAGUGUAACCAUUCCAAAUUUCGAACAGUUUACUGUAUGCUUUGAAGCAACCGAAUCUAUCAACAGCAACGAAAACUGGACUCUCUUUUCAUAUAAAGAUGCUUCCUCCACAGAAGUGCUUACUUUUGGAAAGUCAAAGUCAACCAUUAUCUUAACUGUGCUUGGUACUAACUGUGAUCUGAGUGAUGCAGUACCAGAGAUUGAGCUAUUCUCCAAAGAUAUGCAGCAGUCUUGUCUCACAUGGGAUGGCACAACAGGUUAUGUAGCUGUAUCUACUGUAGAUAAUUAUAAAGAUGUUGAAUGCCCAGCUUCUAAAUAUAAAGUGAUUCCUGGCAGUGGUGUGCUUUCACUUGGCUCUAGUCACAAAACACAUGAUUCUUUUACUGGAGACAUUUACAACUUCCGUCUUUGGAAAUCAGCCAUGAAUGAAGGCAUACUUAAAUAUCUUACCUGUGAUGAAGGUGAUGUCAUAGAUUGGAAAAAUGAUUUCUGGAAUAUUGAAGCUUCUUAUUUAACCACAGAUGGAAACCUGCGCUGUGUUUGUUACCCAAGUUGCAAAUUAACAACAGCUACCCCAUCUAGUGGUACCUCUUUAACUGCAUUUGCUCCAGUGCCAACAGUUAGCUGUUCAUCAUCUGGACUCGGCUGCCCAGAAACAUUAACUUCUACUACAACAUCCAUUGUCACCACCACUGUCAUGACUAAUACUAAUCCAACCACUGCUGCUAACACCACUAACACGAUUGAUACUAACAGCGUUCAACAUGAAGGAGUUUUCUACAGAAUUUCCUUUGUUGUGUAUGAGAAUCGGAACCACACAACUGCUUUGGCAGUGGAGCAGUUUGUAUCAGCUUGGCUCAACCAAACAUUUCAAAACUGGACUUACCCUGUAUAUGUAGCUAAUGUCAGUGUUCAGAUAAGCAAUGUUGUGCGCACCAGACAUGUAAGAAGUGCAACAGAAGGAUACAUCUGUCAAGCAUUGCUUGUUUACAAAUACGUGAAUGACAUUCUUCCGCUAGAGGGACCCAUUCUCAGCAGGCUGGUAAACAGCAAGUCAAUAGGAGGCGGGUUAGUGUUAGACACUGUGGCUGUGCAACCGGUUGAAAACUGCAAUGGAGAAGAAAAUCCUUUUUAUUAUAAGUGGCCUGAAAGUAGACCAACAGUUACCCAAUUCCUGCCAUGCUUUUCAAACAAAGCUUUGAACGCGUCAAGAACAUGUAUGUUAAAUUUGCAGAAUUUUACUUCGUAUUGGGGCUCAGCUAAUCUAACCAACUGCACAGGGGAUAUUGGUAGCAUUGAAGUAUCUGCAGAAAAUGCUGCAGAUGUAGCCACCCAGCUUGAAGAUAUAACAAACCGUGAACUGACAACGGAAGAAGUGACAAAAAUUGUCUCAAAGCUAAACCAGAUCAUUAAUGUGGCAAAAAUUAAUGCCUCACUGGCUUCAAUAGUUGUGUCCAUCUUUUCCAAGGUCUUAAAUAGCUCUGAUACAUCUUUAGCAGCCUCUUCACCUUUGGCACUGAAAACUGUGGACGAUCUGGCACGGAAGAUCAUUUUCUCUGGCCCAUCACUGAGCAUCACCUCCAAGAAUCUAGCCUUAGGAAUUGCUGCACUAAACUCUAGCAUUUUCAAUGGAACAGCUUUCAGUGUAGCACUUCCAAGCAAUGAUUCAGAUAUCCAGGUCAGUUUUGAAUCAGAUCAGAGCACUGCAUUGGCUUCAGUGAUUCUGCCAUCAACUCUGCUGAACAAUUUAAGUGAAACAGAAAUUGAUACUGUUUCACGGAUACAGUUUACAUUCUAUAGCAAAACAGGACUGUUCCAGGAUCAGAAAAAUAAUGGACUUUCUUUAAGCAGUUAUGUGGUGGCUAGCAGUGUUGGAAAUGCUUCAAUAAGCAACCUUCAAGACCCUGUCAAGAUACAAAUCCAACAUACACACUACCAGACCAAGCCAAACCCUGUAUGUGUUUUCUGGGAUUUUGCUCUACAAAAUGGCAGUGGUGGGUGGAAUGCAGAUGGUUGCACUGUGAGCUCUGAAUCAAACGGAAACACAACAGUGUGCUUAUGUAAUCACCUCACUCACUUUGGGGUGUUAAUGGACAUUUCAGGAGCUGCAGCUCGGAUUGAUGCAAAGAACACAAAGAUUCUGACCCUCAUCACAUACAUUGGAUGUGGCAUUUCUGCAGUAUUUUCUGCAGCCACACUUCUUACCUACAUAGCUUUCGAAAAAUUACGUCGAGACUACCCUUCCAAAAUCCUAAUGAAUCUAAGCACUGCUCUACUCUUCCUCAACUUGGUCUUCCUGUUAGAUGGCUGGCUGGCCACAUUUGAAAUCGAGGGCCUCUGCAUUGCAGUUGCAGUGUUUCUCCAUUUCUUCCUCUUAACUUCUUUUACCUGGAUGGGUCUGGAGGCUGUUCAUAUGUACAUUGCGUUAGUUAAAGUCUUCAACACUUACAUUAGGCGGUACAUCCUCAAAUUCUGCAUUGUUGGAUGGGGUCUUCCUGCUGUUACAGUAGCUAUUGUUGUUGCCAUUGACAGAAACUUUUAUGGCAAACAAUAUUAUGGAAAAGGGGAGAAAGGAGAAGGAUCCUCUGAAUUCUGCUGGAUUAAAAACAAAGUUGUUUUCUACGUAACCUGUGUAGGUUACUUUGGAAUCAUUCUCCUCAUGAAUGUGGCCAUGUUUAUUGUGGUGAUGGUUCAGAUUUGUGGGAGGAAUGGAAAGAGAAGUAACCGCACUUUGAGGGAAGAGAUUCUCCGUAACCUUCGCAGUGUCAUCAGUUUAACCUUCCUCCUGGGCAUGACCUGGGGCUUCGCUUUUUUUGCAUGGGGCCCUGUGAACCUCGCCUUUAUGUACCUCUUUGCAAUUUUCAACUCAUUACAAGGUUUAUUUAUAUUUAUAUUUCACUGUGCUUUGAAAGAAAAUGUUCAGAAGCAGUGGAGAAGAUACUUUUGUUGUGGCAGAUUCCAUCUGGCAGAUAAUUCAGAUUGGAGUAAGACAGCCACCAACAAUACAAAGAAAGUCAGCUCUGAUAACCUAGGAAAAUCCUUAUCAUCUAGCUCCAUUGGAACCAGCUCCACCAACUGGACAUCCAAAACCAUUCUAAAUCCAUUUGCAAAAAGAAACAAUAACACAGGUAACAUUUAUGGCGACCAGACCAGCAUAAAAUCUGGUCAGUCAGAAGGGGACCAAACAUCCAUCAUUCCUGUACAUCAGGUCAUUGACAAGGUUAAAGGAUACUGCUCGAUGAGAUCUGAUAACUUCUACAAGAACAUAAGCAUGUCAGACAGCUUCAGCCACCGUACCAAGUUCUAGUAACACUCUUACAAAAUAGCAGCUUAAUGUAACAUAAAAAAUUUGUUUCCCUUUUUUUUCAUUUACAUUACUAAAUAGUGUGUAAGCAGCAUGGAUAUACAAUAGCACGUUGUGGUGUUUUCAACAGAUCUGUGGUUUUGUUCCAUUUUAAAUAAGUAUUUUCCGUUUCCCAGUAGGUGUAUUUCAUUUACAGGUAGCUGGUGUUUGAUGUGUGAAAUGUAUCCUCUAGCUGUUGCUUUCCUAUCUGCUCUGGUUAACUUUUCCCUUAGAACCUGGGAGCUCAGUACUCUAAAAUCUGAGAAACAAAAGAGGAAAAUAUUUGGAAAACGGUAAAAAUGGUUCAGAUUGAUUCAAAACGACAGAACUGCAAUCGGCACGGACAUGUUGUUGUUGCACUCUUUUUAAAGGAAGCAGCUUUCAUUUUGACUGUAUCUCUUGGGUGGUUUUGUUUGUGAACUUUUUUUGUCUGAUUGCUAAAUUGUUUUUCCUAAAAGGAUUGUUAAAAUGUAUUUCGUUUUUGUGAUUCACCCUUUUUCAUGUAUUUCAUCUGUUUUCUGUGAGCUUUAUUUAUUUACAAAUUCCUUCCUACAUAAAGGAAAAUAUCCCCUGUGACAGUUUGUGUUGAUGCAUGUUGUGUAGAUUACAACCAUUUUCAGGUUGUUUGGUUCCGAUUUGCUGGAAGUACAACCUGUUUUUAAACAGCUGUAUUUACUUUUGAGAUAAUGAGAAAUAACAAAACUGUAAGUAUCAAUGUUUUUUCCAUCAUGUUUAAAAGGCAAUAGCAUUUGACUUUCUAACAAACUGUUUUGUAUCUCAGUGUAUCAUGUUAUGCAAUGUGAUUUUGUCCUAGUAUAUAUUUUCUCUAUUGCAAGG